AUGGCGAAUACAAAUACUUUUCGCGAAAUUGGUAUUUGUUUCGGCAUAUCCAAAGCUUCAGCCUGGAGAAUAGUUGAAAGAACAAGUGCUUGGCUCAUAUCAAUUGGACAUCAAUUUAUAAAAUGGCCAAAUACGUCCGAGGCAUUUGCUAAUAUGGCAAAAGUGGAAGCCACGAAGAAAUUUCCGUUUGUGAUUGGUUGCAUAGAUAGCACCCAUAUAAAAAUAAAUGCACCACAUCAUAGCAAGGAGGCUUAUUUCAAUAGGAAACAUUAUUAUAGCUUAAUCUUACAGGCCGUUUGCGAUGCAAAUGGUCUGUUUAUAGAUGUGUGUGUUGGAGAGCCUGGUUCCUUGCAUGACAGCCGAGUAUUACGUAGAUCACAACUAUAUAGUACAGCUUCAUUGCCAAGCAAAUUCCCCAAUGGUUCUUUUAUAUUAGGAGAUUCUGCAUAUCCCAAUUUAAAUUGGCUUGUAAGUCCAUUUAAAGAUAAUGGUGCUUUGUCUUCUGCCCAAAGACAAUUCAAUGUAAUGCAUUUGCAGGCAAGAAUUGUUAUCGAAGACGCUUUUGGGCGUAUGAAAACUAGGUUUCGUCGACUCUUGCACUUCAUGGAACAGCAAAGAACUCCUGCGAUAACAAAUUUAAUUAUGUGUGCAUGCAUAUUGCAUAAUAUAUGUUGUUCGCAAAAUGAUGAAAUUGAUAAUGAAUUUACCCAAAAUGUAUAUUCGAGCGAAGAAGAUAUAAUAAAUACGCAAAAUUUUGAAGUGGAUAACAGAUGGAGUUCAGUUUUACAAUAUUUAAUUGAAACUGGAGUCAUAACAUCUUAA